ACGCACUAAGUCGUGUGGGUGGCUUAAGUCCAGUAUGCGUGAGCCAGUAAGGCGCAGAGAGCUGUUUUGUGUUCUGUGGAGAAGAGAGGGAGGCACAGAGACUACAAACGCAUGAAUAGCCAGUUUUUCUGAAGACUCUAAAGGAGGGAUUUUUCUGGGUUCCUUCCCACUGCUGCUGUGUAGCGGAUGGGACGGAGCUGUUGAGAGGGGAGUUAACAGGUGAUUUUGAGGAUGAUAUUGGAGUCCAUCCAAACUCUCUCUCAGAUGUGAACACCAACAAACUUCCAGAGCAAACAAGAUGACCAGUGUUGAUUAAUCGAUUAUAGAGAACAGGUGUUGUGCUAUCUGCAACCUGCUUUUGGUCAGUCAUGUCUCAAUCAGGUAAAAUCCUCCACCUCUAUGUAGAGGUGAGGUCUGUUACUGAUGAAGAGGGAAAAGACCUAGGAGAUGUGGAGAAAACAGACUCCCUCAUGUUGACAGCACCAGACAUCCUUCAACAGUCUCAGUAUGGUGGCCCUAAUGCCCCACAUGACCGGGCAUCUCCACGUGGAGUCCUGCAUAAAGGUGGAAGCAGCACUCAGAGCCUAGCCUCCAGUAAAUCAACAUCUAGACACUCUGUAAGUUUUCAGCUACAUCCAGGACAUGACUCGGAACAACCGGCUUCCCAACACCAAAAGAGUCUACCUUAUGAUGAGAUAAGCCAGUUACUCUCUGCUUUUCAAACAGGACCCACUGGAAAUACAUGUCACUUGGUAUGUGGUCCUUCUGAACGUGACCCCUUCUUUGGAAAGGACCCUCACUUCUCAGGAUGGUUUACUGCCCCUCCUACUCCCAGUGGAACUCGUAAGGCAUGCAGCCCAACUAAGAUGAAGGGAGGAGAUGAAGGGAGGCGAUCUUUUGCCACUUUCAGUUACAUUGAAAAAGCUAAAAUUAAAUCUGUAGAGGGUCAGUAUAGCUCUUUGUGCCAAAGCGAGCCUCAGAAUCCCUUCAACAGAACUAUGGAGAAUCGAGCUACCCCUCUCCACCUCAGGAAAAGGCUUAGUGACCCAGUGUGGUUGGAGAACAGCUUGGAGUCCAUAAACAACUGCAGCUCAAAACAGCUUAGUCAAGGUUUGGGGAACUCACAUAUGAGCCCCCCCAGCUUUAGGCGGGCAACUCUAGACUCUAUUGCCAGAGAAGCCACCCAUCGGGCAUUGGAGGAAUUUGGUUCCCCACAACUAAUGCAAAAACGGGCAGGCAACUGCCCUGAUAGAGGUCACAAUGUCAGGAGAGGACAACGUCGCUGUCAGUCUUGGUCUGGGUCACCGGUUAUACCAUGCAGUUCUAGGACCCUGCCCACUAAAGCAACAAUCAUGGAUCAUGAGCGGAAUAGUUCGUUUUAUAGACUUCCUAGGAGCCCUGCUACUGACCAACUGUCUAACCAUGCCAAGCAAGCCUACUUUACCAUGUCACACUCAACCGUCAACACUCAGGAGGUCUCAAACCAAAGAGCACAAGGGUAUAGGUAUAGGCCAAAUUUACCAUCCUGUAAGCCUACAGCUAUUCAACAUGAACUGCCAUCUAUGGUUGUAACUCAACCAUCUAGCAAUCAACGAAUCAGUCAUUCCAUGAAUGAUAGUCCACGGCAAGCCCACAGAGUUAAUUUCAACUUGGCCAACUCCAAAAAUAAGGUAGAAGAAGAAGCUAACCUACUGAGUGGAAGGAGGAGCGUAACCCCAGCCUCAAGUCCUGACUUGGCUUGUAAACUAGCGGAGGAAGCCAUCAAACUCUCCAUACUUAUGGAAGCCAGGAGGUCUCCAUCCCCAACCCAAUCGUCGACAGACACAGUGAGGUCUGACAGUCCCCGUUUGGGGCAUUCAAGAGAGCCUCAACUAUAUGCCAGCUUCCAAGGCUCAGCAUCAAAAACCCACUCUAAUUGCAAACUUUCUGUUCAGGACCACCAUUGGAAACACGAGUCUGUCGAGACUGGUCACCACUCAGUUCAAACAACCCCUCUUUUGCCCCACAUUGGAAGUACAUCUCCUGCAGCUCCAGCAAGGUUGAAACGAUCAGAUGUAAUAUCAUCCUCUCCCAUACGAGACCCACGGAUAGAGAGAACAGAGUUGGAGGGAAAGGACAGCCCGACUUUGCACCGGCACCUGCCUUCCCAGUACACAAGAAACAAUCAUACACCUAACAAUGAAUGUUGGCAGUAUGAGAGUCUCAAAAGUCACAAAGACAGUCCAGAUAGCAGCAGGAGACCAUUCACAAGGGCUAAUCCAGAGACUCCAGCAAGUUGGACCUUUCACCAGAAGAAUGGAAUAGAAGAGUGCUUAGCCAGAGACAAGGAAAGCUUGAAGGAGGUGAACAAUCAUAAGAGGAAUAGUCCAGCUGCACCGGGCUCUCAAGAGAACCAUUGUAGGGUCUUAAUGCAGCGCAAUGAGAUGAAAGGUGACACUCGGGCUAACAAAGAGUUGAGUGGUACAGCAUCACAGAGCUCCAGUGGAGUCACAGGCAGCCUUAUAGAUAGUACUCUACAUGAGAAAGACUGCAUAUCCUCGGAGACAUCUAGCAGAACCAGCCAGAAGAGUUCUGACUCUGGAAAAACAGGCAUACAGUCUGAAAAUGGACCAUUUUUGCUGAGACCUUCCUUGCACUCUCAGAAGAUGGCUCGUGCCAAAUGGGAGUUCCUGUUUGGGUCCCACUCCGAAGACCAACAUGAAACAAAAGGCUCCUCCACUGCACCCUCCAGUGGCUGUUCCAGCGAGUCUCCGACACCCAUUCCACCUUUGUCUACCCCGCUAAGGCCUGUAACAUCAUAUUUAAGACACUGUAAAUCAACCGCCUCUUCGAAAUCCUCAUGCCAUGAUGUACAGCAAGUCAAAGUGGAGUUAAUCCACCAUCAUCCCACAGUGGGGUCCUCCAAUAUGACUGGCAUCAUCAGACGCACUGUCAAAUAUUCAGAGACAGACAUAGAUGCGGUGUCCCAGCGCUGUUACAGGGAAACAGACCUUGAUGAGGUGAUGCUAGCAGAACAGGAGGAAGUGGACUCUGCUUUUGGCAGUAACCGCAGUGUGCUGGGUACCUCAGGCACUAACAGCAGCAGCCCCCUGGAGGGAAUGCUGUGCCCAUACACAGAUGGUGAGGAGGAGCUGCAAGAUGAAGAGGUGGUGAGCUGGGCCAGUGUGAGGAUGCAAGGCGACAAAAAGAGGCAAAAUGCCACACCUGAGGGAGAUGAAGUGUUUAGUCGACUACUGAGAGGUCCCCUAGAUUGCCAGCCUGACAGCCACACUGCUUUGAAGUCUCCCAUCUCUGUGACCAGCCCGUGCCGAAUCUCAUCAGAUGGCUUGGACUCUUUCAGCAGACACUUUGAGAGCAUUAUGGAGUCACACCGUGCCAAGGGCACCUCUUAUAGCAGCCUGGAUAGUGAAGACAUUACUCCUAGUGGCCCACCAGUCUUCACUUUUGAUUUUCCGACUCUCACUCCUGAGAUCCAGAGUCAGAUCUGCGAAAGUGCCAAGCAGAUCAUCGAACUGAGCUUUGCUCCUCUUACGUGCCCCGAACCGCCUGAUCCCAUAGAGAGCGGUGUCUAUGAAGAAGAGAGUCCGUUCUCCAGUGGAUCCUGUUCUGGUCAAGUCCCCAGUCCUGAUUCUGACACAGACGCUGCCAUAAGAGAGAGGCCAUCACGGCCGGUGUCGGAGUCUGAUCCAGAGGUAGCCGAGCGAUUGGCUAUUGGCAGCACUGAAACUCUGGCCAAUGGCAACAAAGCUGACCUCCAAGCUGCGAAACGGCUGGCCAAACGUUUGUACAAUCUUGAUGGAUUUAAGAAGUCAGACGUGGCACGUCAUCUGAGCAAGAACAAUGAUUUUAGUAGCAUGGUCGCGGAGGAGUAUCUAAGUUAUUUUAACCUCUCAGGAAUGACGGUGGAUCAAGCACUGAGAGUGUUUUUGAGAGAGUUCGCCUUAGUGGGAGAGACACAAGAGAGGGAGAGAGUACUAUCGCAUUUCUCUAAAAGAUACCUCCAGUGCAACCCGAACACUAUACCAAAUGAAGAUAGUGUUCACACAUUGACUUGUGCCCUGAUGCUGCUCAACACUGAUCUGCAUGGUCAUAACAUCGGGAAGAGGAUGUCCUGCACACAGUUCAUUAGUAACUUGGAGGGACUGAAUGACGGCCUAGACUUCCCGAAAGAUCUUCUAAAGGCUCUCUACAACUCUAUCAAAAAUGAAAAGCUGCAGUGGACAAUCGAUGAGGAAGAACUGCGCAAAUCUUUCUCUGAGCUGGACGGCAGGACAGACUCAGCAUCGCACACUAUGAAGCGGAUCAACAGUGGAGGAAACCCCCUCGUCAGUGUUGCACAGCAGUCCAGCGCUCAAGUCUACAACAGUGGCUUUCUCGUGCGGAAAGUUCAUGCUGAUGCUGAUGGCAAAAAAACUCCACGAGGUAAAAGAGGAUGGAAAACAUUUUAUGUCAUCCUUAAAGGACUGAUUCUCUACCUGCAAAAGGAUGAAUAUCGUCCAGAUAAGCAGCUGUCUGAUGAGGACUUGAAGAACGCAGUAUCAAUUCAUCAUUCUUUAGCCAUGCGGGCAGCAGACUAUAGCAAACGACCCAAUGUGUUUUACCUUCGCACUGCUGACUGGAGAGUCUUUCUCUUCCAGGCCCCCAACGCAGAGCAAAUGCAGUCCUGGAUCACCCGCAUCAACAUAGUGGCCGCCAUGUUCUCUGCCCCUCCCUUCCCAGCAGCCAUUGGCUCCCAAAAGAAGUUUAGCCGUACUCUUCUGCCGGGGUCAAACACCAAGCUCUCACAGGAGGAGCAGCUGAAGUCUCACGAGACACGAUUUCGAGCCAUUUCUGCUGAUCUCCAGGAACUGCGCUCUACCCUACACAUAGACCGCAGGACCAAAAGCAAGGACCAAGAAGAGUACAAGCAAAGGGAAGAGUACCUGGACUUUGAGAAAACACGCUACGGAACAUAUGCAAUGCUGCUGAGAGCUAAGAUCCGGACAGGGGAAACAGACCUGGGAGCGUUUGAAGCCCGUUUGUUUGACGAUGGUGGCCUGCAGAGGGCCCAUUCCAGCCCCACGUUACCACAGGACCACAGUCAUGCCAGCAGUCAUGCCAGCAGUCAUGCAAGCAGUCAUGCCAGCAGUCAUGCCAGCAGCACCAAAGACUCGAGCAGGAGCAGCAGCGGCGGCAGCAAGAGGACCAAACACUCAGACGGUCAGAGACACAGCUACAGACAGGCUGUCAAACAGUGAGAGGACCAGGGCGGAAGAGGUUACUUAUCUCCAUUCAGCGGCUGAAUAUAGGGCAUUACCAGGACGUCUGCAGUUCACUUUGAUGGCUGCCCUCAAGUCGUCAUGGUUAUUAACUGUGGUUGGGGUUGCUGUGCCCCACAUGGCUGCUGGUGAAGCAUGCUUUUCUGGCCACUAACUGCAAGCCCAAAUCUGCCAGUGGGCGGAAGAGAAGGAGCACCAGCCUCACAUUGUCUUAUUUAUGUCAGUCCUUGUUUUUGCCACAGACCUGUUCGGUUUAUCUGUGUAUUAUGCUUGUUGAUCAUCGGUUUAAAACACUCGUGGCUUUUCGUUUGAACAAGCUGAUGUUCAAACUUCAUUUGGUGACCCUUGGAAGCGACAACCAAAUCAAUAGUGAUCCUCUUUAUCCUGUGAACUUACUGUAUGUUGUUCACUUUAUAUAUUUAAAGCAUUGUAGAUUUAGCUUUUUAGACUAUCAUUUCAUCAUCUGAGGUCGAUCAAACGCUUUAACACCUCAUAGGAUGUUUGAGAAUUUAGUCUGUAUAGUCAUUUAAACCUUCUAAAAGCACGUCUCAAAGCAUGCCUAAGAGUUUGAAGACAAUCAGUUCCUCAUUUGUUGUAGUUAUUGAGAAUAUGAAUGCAUUAUUUUUGUUUAUACCAUAACGGACUAGUGAUAAUAGCAAUGCAGAUAGCACAUCCCUUGUGAGAAAUAGGUGAGCUUAACUGUAUUGUAUGUGCA